CCCAUCUGACCAUGCUCCAGCAUCUGUCUGAUAAUUUUCCUUGUGUGGUGCUGCCGGUUGAAAUGUGAGCGUCACGGAGCGCCCUCCCUCCUCCUUCUCCCCCUCCUCCUCCUCCUCCUCCUCUCGGUCUCUCCCCCGACUGAAGUCCCACUGAGCGGCUCUCAAACUUCAGUGUCGAGCCUGAAAGCAGAGGACGAAGAGCAGGGAGCCGACAGACACGCAGAGUCGCAGCUAAACAGCCUUUUUGGACCCGCAAGAAACAAACGUGAGCGGCCGCUUUGAUACGUGUGUUUGAUGAUCGGGUACUUACGGUCGGUGUGAGGAUUUACUCUCAGCUCUCAGUGUUUGAUUUUGAUCAUUUUCCUCCAUUGUUGGUCGAAGUUUCCGACUGUCACGUCUUAGUUACGGACCUCUCUCUCGGCUGUCUGUGGGAUUAAUCGUUUUAAUUCAACACUAAAUAUUUGGACACUUAGGUACUUUGUGCUGAAGGCUGUUUUUGGAGUGUUUUUCUAACGGAGCGGUGACAGUGAAGGCAACAUUUGGACCUGCCUUCGCCAUGGGGAAAUAGCGGGGGAUCUCUCUGCAGCCGACCCCCGUGUUUUUGACUUUUUAAUGAUCAUUUCUAAAAGACAGAGCUCAGUUUUUGACUAAAACAAUGAGCAUGGAUGGUUGUCCGCUGAAGGUGGUGAUUUUUCUGUGGUGUCUGCUGGUGAUUUCUGGCUCCAGCUUUGAGAUAGGCUCCUACGACCUGGAGCGAGGCAGACCGGCCAAGUGCGAGCCCAUCGUGAUCCCCAUGUGCGAGGGGAUCGGCUACAACCUGACCCGGAUGCCCAACUUCAUGGACCACGACGACCAGAGGGAGGCUGCCAUCAAGCUCAACGAGUUUGCCCCUCUGGUGGCUUAUGGCUGUGAUGUGCACCUCCGCUUCUUCCUCUGCUCCCUCUACGCCCCCAUGUGCACGGACAAAGUGUCGACCUCCAUCCCCGCCUGCAGACCCAUGUGUGAGCAGGCCAGGGAGCGGUGUGCCCCCAUCAUGAAGAAGUUCAGCUACACCUGGCCCGACUCGCUCGACUGCUCCAAGCUGCCCACCAGAAAUGACCCCAACGCCCUGUGCAUGGAGGCCCCCGAGAACGAAACCAGGACGGAGGUCAAGAAAGGCGAAGGCAUGCUCCCGGUGCCUCCUCGCCCCAGGCAGCCGGGCACCAGCAGCGGCCGCUCUCCGGGCAGCAUGGGCUCCUGCGAGAACCCGGACAAGUUCCAGUUUGUGGAGAAGAGCCAGUCGUGUGCGCCACGCUGCUCCCCCGCCGUGGACGUCUUCUGGUCCAGGCAGGACAAGGACUUUGCCUUUAUUUGGAUGACAGUGUGGUCCAUCCUCUGCUUUAUCUCCACCGCCUUCACCGUCCUCACCUUCCUCCUGGAGCCUCACCGCUUCCAGUACCCGGAGCGCCCCAUCAUCUUUCUCUCCAUGUGCUACAACGUCUACUCCGUGGCCUUCAUCAUCCGCUCUGUAGCUGGGGCUGAGAACAUCGCCUGCGACCGGGAGCACGGAGAGCUGUACAUCAUCCAGGAGGGGCUGGAGUCGACCGGCUGCACCAUCGUCUUCCUCAUCCUCUAUUACUUUGGCAUGGCCUCUUCUAUCUGGUGGGUCAUCCUCACCCUCACCUGGUUCCUGGCUGCGGGGAAGAAGUGGGGCCACGAGGCUAUCGAGGCCCACAGCAACUACUUCCACAUGGCUGCGUGGGGCAUCCCUGCUCUGAAGACCAUCAUCAUCCUCACAAUGAGGAAAGUGGCUGGAGACGAGCUGACGGGGCUGUGCUAUGUGGGAAGCAUGGACUCGGGGGCACUCACGGGCUUCGUCCUCAUCCCUCUGUCCUGCUACCUGAUCAUCGGCACCUCCUUCAUCCUCACGGGCUUUGUGGCGCUCUUCCACAUCCGCAAAGUGAUGAAGACAGAGGGCACCAACACGGAGAAGCUGGAGAAGCUCAUGGUGAAAAUCGGCAUCUACUCCAUCCUCUACACGGUGCCUGCCACCUGCGUCAUAGUCUGCUACUUCUACGAGAGGCUAAACAUGGACUACUGGAAGCUAAGGGGGGUGCAGAUGAAGUGCGGCUCGUUCAACGGCCUCAGCAGCGACUGCUCCCUGCAGACGUCGGUGCCCACAGUGGCCGUGUUCAUGCUGAAGAUCUUCAUGUCGCUGGUGGUGGGCAUCACCAGUGGCGUGUGGGUGUGGAGCUCUAAGACCCUGCAGACCUGGCAGGGCCUGUGCAGCCGGAAGCUGACAGACAGGACUAGAAGCAGGAAACCCUGCAGCGGCGUCAGCUGCGGCAGCACACACUGCCACUACAAGUCUCCUGCUGUGGUGCUACACAUGGCCAAGACUGACCUGCACUCAGACAACCCCACACAUGUCUGAGAGGGAGCGUGACACACACACACACACACACACACUGUCAAUUGCAACUAUAUACACUAACAAACACACACACACACACACACACACACACACGCCCUGCGUAAGGAGCUGCUAAAGACUUUGUAAGAAGAUGAGUGGUUGAGUUGAACUGUCAGUCGCUGCUCUGCUGCUGCCGAGGGACACACAGGUACAGGAGUCACUAUGAGAAACUAUCUAUAAAAACAGUAUUCAGUGCGUUAAGGGAAAUGUUCAGUAUUGUUACCCAUAUUUUUCUGUUUCAUAGUGUUCUGUGCAGUAGACAUGCCCAGUGUUCAAAGCAAAAAAAAAAAAAAACCUGUAAAGGGAGGUAUCAAGGGAGAUAUCCUCUUCCCUGAAAGUGGCAUGAUUAACUGUAUAAAUCUGUAUAAAUGUUUUAUUUAUUGUAAAUAUAUUUAAUUUAAAGUUAUCAGAUUUGUUGUUUAGAUGCAUUUAUUAAAGGUAAAGGGAAAUUAAGUGCCUUUUAUAAGAACUCUGGUUCUGGCCUUUUUGGAGGACAAUAAAUUUGUGGAAUUCAUGUUCAACUCCGUCGCUGCCUGGUGUUAUUGUUUGUCACCAUCUCACUGUGGCUUCAAAUGAAUAUUUAACUAUUUUAACAGUCUUAAACGCUUUCAGAUUUAACAGUCAGAAAUGAUUGCUCAUUUCAGUCUUGUUUUCCUGAUUUUCCUGCCUUUCUUCUCGGUGGAUUCGCACAUUUUUUUACAGCGGGGCUCCCCGCCAAAUGUGUUGUCUUCCAAGUGCAUGCUACACACCCCAGAGGCGUCCCCAACAAUAAUCCUCAAAGAGAAUCGCUGAUGAAUAGAGUGACAAACCGUGGCGAGUAUUAAUGUUUGCAUCACCGUCUUCAAAAUGCAGCAGCGGAGGAAUAUAUUUAAUUAAUGGCUGUUUUUUAAUCCUUCCACAAAAUCGUUGUUGUUGCCCCCUCGCUGCUCCAUUUGAUCCCCGUGCAAACACUCAGCACUUUGAUCUGCGAGGAUGAAUCUGGAGUGGAUUUCAGCCUUAUUGCAUGGUUUCACUGACAGAUUUAAAGUUAAGCGCUGGCACUCAGAAUUGUGGUUGUUCACUGAGUGGAAGGAUUAUUCACUUAAUAUUUAAGUUUCUAUGUGGUUUGUGGCUCUUGGAAGCUGUGUUUCUGGUAUAAAUUAAGGGAUUCCGAUAUAUAUAUAAUAUCUGAAUACCUAUGUUUAAAUGUUUGAAUCUGAUACUCUGCAAGGGCUUUUGUCUGGCUGCAGAAACAAUACAACUGCCACCAGGUAUAAAUAAUCACUGACUGAUUCAGAGAAAAAGUUGUUUACUUCCAUUUAAUAAAUACUCUUAAGUUGGUCUUGCAACUAACAUUUCAGUAAUAAAGUUGUUUUUAUGAUGCACAAGAGCCACCGUGUUCUCACAUGCUCCAUAAAAAAGUGAAAAUAAAUAGCUUUUACAUUACGGGACUUUAACAAUUUAAGUGCCAAUGUAAAUUACAACCACCCACAGCAAGACAUUUCGCAGCAAAACACAGUGGAAAUUACAGUGUUUGACAGCAGUGGGAUUGAUUAUUAUGUCUGUGUGUAAUUGUGUGCUGUGUCACCAGCAGCAGCAGCAGCAGCAGCACAUGGGAGUGAUAGCAUGGAAAAAAUGUGAUGACCAGGAGCUUGUUUUCAUUACAUUACUGGAGCCUCGGCCGUGUGAAGCAGGCGUGUGCUCGCUGACAUCUCCAGAGGUUAAAAAGUUGUUUUGUUUUUUCCACCGUUUGCAUUCCAGCAGAUGUUUAAUAAGCUUCAUGUACUACAGCACAUGUUAGUGUUCAUUUGUGAAAGACACAUCAGUUUGAAUCAAAGCUGCGUUAUGUCUCUGUAGUAAAUUAACCACACUUCCACUCGCCUGAGUUAACUUAAAUUACUUAUUCCUUCCUUCUGCAGAACAAGAUGUGGGUUAACUACCAACAUCCUCCCUCCCUCCUCCUUUUUUUGUUUUCAUUACUCAGCCAUUGUAGACGUUGUCCAUGGCUUGGCAAGCGAGCGUUGCAAGUCCUGGACUCUGACACCGUGUGGAUCACAUUUAACUAUUUAAAAAGGGGGCUGUUUUGCUUGGAGCGCGCUCGCAGCCAGAGA